AUGAAUUCUACAACGGAGUUUGAAGAAAUGCAGUAUUGUUUUCAGUAUCUAGAAGGAUCUUGUCCCAAAGCACACAGGACAGCAGUUAUUAAAGUUGCUAUGUACAUAUUUAUGGUUGGAACAAUGUUAGCUACCGUGAGUGGAAAUUUAAUGGUCAUUAUUUCAAUUGCUCACUUCAAACAGCUUCAUUCUCCAACUAAUUUUCUUACUCUAUCGUUAGGAUGUGCUGACUGUCUUUUAGGCGCUUUUGUAAUGCCAUACAGCAUGGUAAGAUCUGUGGAAACCUGCUGGUACUUUGGGGACUUGUUUUGUAAAAUACAUUCAAGUCUUGACAUGACAAUUUCCGUAGCAUCUAUUUUGCAUUUGACUUUCAUUGCUGUUGAUAGAUAUGUCGCCAUAUGUGAUCCUUUACGGUAUAGAAGCAAGAUCACCACAUUCGUUGUAGCCAUUUUUAUUGGCAUCAGUUGGAUUUAUUCACUGGGGCUUGGCUUUGGAGUGGUGUUUUCUAAAAUAAAUUUAACAGGCAUUGAGGAAUUUGUGAUUUUAAACUCUUGUGUGGGUACAUGUUUCUUAAUUUUUAACAAACACUGGGGAGUGCUGGCGGCAUUACUAGCAUUUUUAAUACCAGGAACAGUGAUGAUUUCUCUUUAUGUGAAAAUUUUUAUGGUUGCUAGUAGGCAUGUGAGAGUGCUAAAUGAUACAUCAGGGAAAAUAUGUGCUCGUAAUGAUCAUAAACGAAAGAUAGUAGAAAACAGGGAAAGGAAGGCUGCAAAAACAUUGGGUAUUGUAAUGGGUGUUUUCCUCAUUUGCUGGUUGCCAUUUUUUAUGGCUACGAUUAUUGAUCCUUUCAUUGGUUUUUCAACUCCUGUCAUUCUUUUUGAUGCUCUCGUAUGGUUUGGCUACUUUAAUUCUACAUGCAAUCCUGUAAUUUAUGGAUUUUUUUACCCCUGGUUUCAAAAAGCAUUCAAAAUAAUUAUAACAGGGAAGGUAUUUUGCUAUAACUCUUCAUCAACACAUCUCUUUACAGACAAGCAUUAA